AAGAAGCGGCGGGCGCGGUGCGGGGCGGUGCGGGGUGUGCGGGGCUCCGCCCGGCUGCUCCGCCCGGCGUGCUCGGGGGCGGCUCCGCUCCGCUCGGCUCCGCUCGGCUCCGCGGGGCUGCGGCGCCAUGGAGGCGGUGGACCAGCUCGCCUCCGCGGGCACUUUCCGCGUGGUGAAGGAGCCGCUGGCCUUCCUCAGGGUGCUCGAGUGGCUUUUUGCAAUCUUUGCAUUUGCAACAUGCGGUGGGUACUCUGGAGAACUGCGCCUCAGUGUGGACUGUGCAAACAAGUCAGAGAGUGACCUCAACAUUGACAUAGCCUUUGCCUACCCCUUCAGGUUGCAUCAAGUGAAUUUCGAUGCUCCCACUUGUGAAGGCAAGCGCCGAGAAAGGCUCUCCUUGAUAGGGGACUUCUCCUCUUCAGCAGAGUUCUUUGUCACCAUUGCAGUCUUCGCCUUCCUCUACUCGCUGGCUGCCACCGUGGUUUAUAUCUUCUUCCAGAACAAGUACCGUGAAAACAACAGAGGCCCUCUCAUUGAUUUCAUUGUGACAGUGGUCUUCUCAUUCUUGUGGCUAGUGAGCUCAUCUGCUUGGGCUAAAGGACUGUCUGAUGUAAAGAUUGCAACCGACCCAGAAGAAGUGCUGCUGCUGAUGUCUGCCUGCAAACAGCAGUCCAACAAAUGCUUGCCUGUUCGCAGCCCUGUUAUGUCAAGCCUCAAUACUUCGGUUGUCUUUGGCUUCUUGAACUUUAUCCUCUGGGCAGGCAACAUUUGGUUUGUGUUUAAGGAGACAGGCUGGCAUUCCUCGGGCCAGCGGCAUGCUCAGGACGCCAUGGAGAAGCAAUCCAGUGGCUAUAACCAAGGUGGCUACAACCAAGACAGCUAUGGGCCGGCUGGUGGCUACAACCAGCCGGGCUCCUACAGCCAGGUGGGUGAAUAUGGUCAGUCCCAGAGCUAUGGCCAGAGUGGGCCAACCUCCUUUGCUAAUCAAAUAUAGGGUUCACACAGAACAAGCUCUUGUAUCCCUCAUGUGUAGAGAGUUUAAAAGGUCUCAAGUUUCAGUGGUCCCAGGUUUUUAAGGGUUUUACAUAAAUUAAUACUACAACAUGGUGUUUAAUGUUGGUGGAAGGUCUAAGCGUACUUCCUGAAGUUGCCAGUGGGCUGGAGAUGGCCUUUUCUAACCUUGACUAGCCAGAUACAGGGCGUAUGCUCAUCACUGGUGGUGACCUGAAGUCAGUCUUGUAGUAUGUACUGUAGAGAUAACUUUAUGGUAGUUUUGUAUGUGUUGAGAUGGUAGAAGCAUUUUGUAGCCUCAAGUCUGUAGUAUUUAAUAUGCAUAAUAAAACUGAAUUUCCUUCUGCAUUUUGGUGAAAAACAAGAGUGUUUUACUAUUAUUUCUACAGAUUAUUCUGUAUAUCCAUGCAUGUAACAUUGCACCUAAAUUCUCAAAAAUGCCUGUUUGUGACUUCAGAGCGUUUGUUUUGGUUAUACCUUUUGGGUUCAGAAGAUUGCACUAUUAUUUCAGUUAUCUGAGACACCUGUAAUUCAGUGCAUGGAUAAGCAGUUUCAUACUACCAAAUGUCUGGACUGUGUAAAUGGAACUUCUCGACUUCUGCCACUACAUUUUGUUAAAUGUAUGUUUAAAACAAGUAUGCAUCUUUUAUAUAUAUUUUGCAGAGUUGAAUAUAUGGCUUACCCAAGUUCUGAAUGCUUUGUAACUAAAAUGUUUUUCCUUGAAAUAGCAUUCAGUAGUAUAUAUGGUACCUGACCAAUGUUUAUUCCAUUUAACUCAGCUAAGUAUUCAUUCUAUAAAAUCACUAUUUCUAUGGAUGUUUUGUGAAUCUUUUAACGUGAGCUGUGGACAAUUAAGGACCAAGUAACUGUGUUAUAUGUUUACAAAGGUAUCUAUUUAACUAAGAUAACAGAGGUGCAGAUAUCAGUAUACAAAUCUAUGUGAAAAUGCCCUGUUGCUUAAUACAGCAAAACAUGCAAAUCACAUGUAUUGUUGUGACCUUAGAAAGCAUAAAUAUUCCUUUAUGCCCUCUUAUAGUAUCAAAACCUUUCUAUCCAUGCCGUUUGAAGAUUGUCAGAUCUCCCUCUGUUAGAUUACUGCUCUGAGCAUUAGCUUGGUGCUACUGCAGAAUGUAACUGGACUGACCAAAUAACCCAGGCUCAGAGGAACUCAUGCUAAAAUAGCCAAAGCCAGAAUUGUAGCCCAUUUGGAUCUCUCUCUGGGAAAUUCAUCCCUUCCUCACUACAGCUUAUGAGACGCAUUGACACAAAUGAAAGCCUGAAGCACAAUAUACUAACCAAAACUGAUCAUCUGCAUUUCUAAAUCAAAGUGUAUCAGUAUAUAAUCUUAUUGUAUGAGCUGUAAUGUUGAAAGCAUCUUAGCUUAAAACAGCUUAGUCUCUUCCAUGAUUGUUGUAACCAAUUUAUGGCUACUUGGUGGAUGAAUCUAUAUUGUGAUAUCUAUUUGAUCCUAAUAAAGUUAUUGCAUACAAUGCAUGUUUUCAGAGUAUGUUAAUAUUAAAAUGUCUCUGCAAAAUACCUAAGAUAACUAUUAAAGAUAGAUAACUAUU